AAAAAACAUGUUACUACUAAUUGUAUAUUAUCAAAUAACUGGACUGAUAUUGAAACAACAAAAAGCGAGAGCGAAGAAAUCAAUCGGCUUAUACUAGCUCGCGUAAAAGAUAUUGGAAGACAGCGCUGAACACAAACUCUGACCUUGUAAUGUUUGGAUUCUCAACUACAGAUUGAUCCUUUGUGAAAGCAUCAUCAAAGAGUUCACAACUGGUCAACACAUCUACGUCUGAAGACACAUUCUGUUUAAUUGUGUUAGUGGGAUCCUUUACUGAAGCACUGGAUACCUCCAAAUCUCUCUGAUACUUUUGAGUACUUGAACACAUUCUUCCCAACUAUGGGCCGCAAAUAUCCUUCCGAAACACCUCGUAGUGCUAUGCGUGGGCAGUGUGAUGGAUCUAGUGUUUUGAAACAACGCACACAUAAAUCAAGUUCGUUAGAAUGCAGUGCAGAUUGGUUUAAACAGGAAAUCAAAUGUCAAAUGGAACGAGGAGGUUUAUUUGAAGAUCCAUUUAUGCCUACUACUGAUGCGACUAUCAAACCAGGAUCUAGAUCAGGUGGACAAAGUUACAGAUGGCUACGACCUAUUAUGGAGUUAGUCGCUUUGAUAUUAAACAGGGUGAACUUGGAAACUGUUGGGUCAUAGCGGCAUUGGCUUCAUUAUCAAUGUAUCCAGAAUUAUUUAAUCAAGUUGUCCCACCAGAUCAAUCAUUUGAAAAAUCAUCAAAAUAUCCAUAUGUUGGCAUGUUUUGGUUUCGAUUUUGGCAAUUCGGUGAUUGGUACGAUGUUGUGGUGGAUGAUCGUUUACCAACACGUAAUGGACAUUUAGUAUUUAUGCAUUCAGCAGAUUCAAAUGAAUUUUGGUCAGCUUUAUUAGAGAAAGCUUAUGCUAAACUUGUAUCUUCAUAUGAUGCACUACGUGGUGGGUGUACAGCAGAAGCAAUGGAAGAUUUUACUGGUGGUCUUACAGAACUUGUUGAUUUAGGUUCAAAAGCUCCUACUAAUUUAUUUGGUAUGAUGGAACAUGCAUUAAAUCGUGCCUCUUUAAUGGCUUGUAGUAUUGAUGCUGAUCCACAUGAGAUUGAAGCAAAUGGUCCAUUAGGAUUAAUUCUUGGUCAUGCUUAUUCUGUGACAGAUAUACGACAGGUGCAUACUACUUCUCAAUCUCGAAAUAUUCGUCUAGUAAGAUUACGUAAUCCAUGGGGUAAUGAUCGUGAAUGGUCAGGUCCAUGGAGUGAUCAAUCUAAAGAAUGGAGAAAUAUACCACCGGAUGAACGUAAACGAAUUGGUCUCACUUUUGAUGAAGAUGGUGAAUUUUGGAUGUCUUUCGAUGAUUUUGUACGUUAUUUUUCACGUCUGGAAUUAUGUCAUCUUGGACCAGAAUCGGUAGCUUAUAGUCCAGGACCAAAUAAUCGUCGAUGUGAAAACCGUCGAUGGCAAAUGAUAUGUGAAGAAGAUACAUUUUAUAUGAAUCCACAAUUUCAUGUUCAAGUUGUGGAUCCAGAUGAAUCCGACGAUGAUGGUUAUGGAACUCUUGUUGUUGGUUUAAUGCAAAAAGGUUUGCGAGAAAAACACAUUGAACCUCAUGUGAUUGGUUAUUCGGUAUUUCGGAUGAAUCCAUCAUCUCCAUACAAUCGACUAUUAGAUCGUAGAUUUUUUAUGGUUAAUACAUCGGUAGCUCGUUCACCGGUAUUUAUAAAUAUGCGUGAAGUAUGUGGUAGGCAUAAAUUAACACCAGGUCAUUAUGUAAUUAUCCCGUGUACAUUUAAUCCAAAUGAAGAAGCUAAAUUUAUGCUACGUAUAUUCUCUGAACGACCAUGUGAUUCAAAUGAAUUAGAUGAAGACACUCAAAUCAAUCUUGUUGUACGACCUGAUGAACCAAUUAAAACAGCUGAUGAAAGUUUAAUUGAGAAAUUACAAGUUGUUUUCAAUAGAAUAGCUGGCCCAAGUGGAGCUAUUACAUAUACUCAGCUACAAGAUAUAUUAAAUGAAGCAUUCACAAAAGAUUUUCCAUUUGAUGGAUUUAGUCGUGAAACUGCCAGAAGUAUGAUGGCUUUAAUGGAUGCUGAUUUAAGUGGUGGUUUGGGUUUUGAUGAAUUUAAAAAACUUUGGAUGGAAUUACGCAUUUGGAAGACUAUCUUCAAAAAAUUCGAUGGAAGUCAUAGUGGCAGCUUAGUUGCUUUUGAAUUACGUAAUGUAAUGAGGACCGUUGGUUUUUCUGUGAGUAAUAUGAUUUUCAAGGCUAUCGCUUGUCGAUAUGCAAAUGAAAAAGGUCAGAUCUUAUUUGAUGACUACAUUUUACUGUUAAUUCGACUAUCCACUGUUUUUGAAACAUUCAAAGCACAAGAACGUACUCGAGAUGGUCGAGCUGUCUUUGGAGCUGAUGAUUUCAUUCGAUCAGUUAUAUACAUUUAA